UAGUAGGUCAUUAUGCUUACAUGUCGAGGAUGCGAAUUUUUCGGAGCAAAAUUUUCUUGAUCUUCUUCCUGUCUGUUGGGAAUCAUGUUUUAAAAUGGUUGAGGAAGUUCAAGAAUUUGAUUCAAAGGUUCAAGUUCUGAACUUGAUUUCUACUCUGAUUGGCCAUGUUAGUGAAGUCAUUCCGUACGCACAAAAGUUGGUGCAAUUCUUCCAGAAGGUUUGGGAGGAAUCUUCUGGUGAAAGCCUUCUACAGAUUCAGCUUCUUGUCGCACUGCGGAAUUUUGUGAUUGCACUUGGUUAUCAGUCUCCCAUUUGCUAUAGUAUACUGCUCCCAAUACUCCAGAAGGGCAUUGACAUAAAUAGCCCUGAUGCACUCAACCUUCUGGAGGAUAGCAUGGCAUUAUGGGAAACCACACUUUCCUAUGCUCCGAUGAUGGUGCCCCAGCUAUUAUUAUGCUUCCCCUAUAUGGUGGAGAUCAUUGAAAGAAGUUUUGAUCAUUUACAGGUUGCUGUCAGUAUCAUGGAAUCGUAUAUCAUUUUGGAUGGAGGAGAAUUUCUAAAUAUGCAUGCUUCAAGUGUCGCAAAAAUUCUUGAUCUUAUUGUUGGAAAUGUAAAUGAUAAGGGGUUACUCUCGAUUCUUCCAGUGAUUGACAUCUUAGUUCAGUGUUUUCCUGUGGAAGUGCCCCCUCUCAUCAGCAGCUGUUUGCAGAAAUUGGUGAUUAUUUGCUUGAGUGGAGGAGAUGAUCGCGAUCCAUCCAAGACUGCAGUUAAAGUGUCUUCAGCGGCUAUCCUGGCAAGGAUUCUGGUGAUGAACACCACUUACCUGGCCCAGUUAACAUCUGAUUCAUCUCUUUCAGUGUUACUCCAACAGGCAGGUGUCCCAGUCGAAGACAAUGUACUCCUUUGCCUCAUCGACAUUUGGCUCGACAAGGUUGACCAUGCGUCUCCCAUGCAAAAGAAGACAUUCGGCUUGGCUCUCUCCAUAAUACUUACUCUUAGAAUGCCUCAAGUUCUUGAUAAGCUUGAUCAAAUACUAAGUACAUGCACCAGUGUGAUCCUUGGUGAAAACAAAGAUUUAGCAGAAGAAGAAUCAAGCGGUGACAUUAGUUCAAGCAGGUCUCAAGGAGAAGAAACCCCACCAAGCAAAGAGUUACGGAAAAGUCAGAUCAAAGUUUCCGACCCAAUCUACCAAAUGUCACUAGAGAACUCAACCCGUGAGAACCUUCAGACAUGUUCUACACUUCAUGGAGAUGCCUUUAAUUCUGCCAUAAGUAGGAUGCACCCAUCGGCGCUUGCACAAGUGAAGCAAGCUUUAAAGCUGCCGUGAUCAAAUGUUUUUACCUCUUCAUUGUGUGUUUCCUUAUCACUUAAAGAGAAGCAGUGUUCAAGUGAGUGUAUAUUUCUUCAGAUUUGAUGGAUGUGUUACAUAGGCAUGCGUGUUGCAUUUUCCUCUGGGACCUUGGUGGUUUGAGCCUUGAGGAAAAACGUACAUAUCUGUUGUGAGGGGCGGUGUCUCUUUUAGCUGCCCAUUUGUUUUCUUGUCCUACAGGGACACAAAGAGGCGACAUCUUUUUGUAUUUCUUUGGUUGAGUUUUAUAUGCCAAUUCAUUCUUCAAUACAACCUUUUUGUCUCAAUGUUACAGUAAAAAAACAAAAAAAAAAAAGCAAAAGAAAGUUGAGUUCAAGAGCUCUACCAACAUAUAUGAUGGGAAAAAGGUCGAAAUUAUGUUACAUUCGUUACUUUUUACUGAUUUUUCUUUUUCUUUUGGGGUACUUUUGUACUUGUUGAUUCUUUUACUCAACAAGAUUCGUCUCACUGUCAAGUUUUUAGGCCUUAAGAGACAUGAAGACGUGAGAUCAAUUUAUUUGACAA